UCCGUAACAAUGAAUCAAAGCUUUGUUUCACUUUGAAACCCAACCUUACAAGAACAAUGGACAAAAAGGAUAAAAGAAACAGUUUUUUGGACAAGGUUGUGCGGAACACUGUGAGAAUUGGAAAAGACAAAUCGUCAAAGACCAAAGAUGUCAAAGCAGCUACCUGGUCCAAUCGCCUCCCAUCUUCUGGGGAUUCGGACCCCAGCAAUGGAACACAGUAUGGUUUUGGUCCCACUCCACAGGACAACAUUAAAAAUCUGUCUGACAGUGAAGUUUUGGAGAGAUUCGAGCAACUGCUGGAUGACAUGAAUCUGACGGAGGAGAAGAAGGCGCCCCUCCGAGCCUGGGACAUGCCCAUGAAGAGGAACAUGUUGACUAUGCAGGUCACCGCAGGAAAGGCUAAACAAAGGGACCUUGACACUCCCCAGAACUUUGUGGCAGAGGUCCGUAACGCGGACCUGAAGGGGGAGAAGCGUCUCCGUGUGUUGGAAUCCCUCCGAGUUUCUCUGACCAGUAAUCCUGUCAGUUGGGUUGUCGACUUUGGUCUCGAUGGUUUGAAUGGAAUUCUCCGAAAUUUAACAUACUGCUGCGAUUCUAAAACAGAGAGGAAGAGUACAUAUGAAUGUGUCAGAUGUUUGAAAGCUUUCAUGAACAACAAAUUUGGGCUGAUGCAGAUUAUUAAUCAUGACGAGGCCCUGACCAUCCUUUCCCGAACAGUGGACCCCUCCGAUCCCACCACAAUGUUGGAGGCUGUUCGACUUCUAGCUGCCAUAUGUCUGGUCCCUCCUGAUGGGCAUGAGAAAGCAUUGGAGGGUAUCACAGUGUGUGGGGAGAUCAGAGGGAGGGACAGAUUUAUCCCGGUCAUUAUGGGGCUGGGGAUGAGGGAUAACCAGCCCAUGCAGGUGGCCUGUAUUCAGCUGGUCAACGCCAUCGUCAGCACUCCCGAUGAUCUGGACUUCCGACUUCAUCUACGCAACGAGUUCAUGAGAACUGGUCUGAUUGAUUUGAUUGGAUCACUGAAGAGUCAGGAGGAUGAAGAACUACAGACACAUCUACAAAUCUUCAGUGAGCAUCAGGAGGAGGAUUUUGAAGAGUUCUCACAUCGCUAUGACAAUGUCAGGGCCGAAUUCGAAGAUGCCCAGCAGUGUUUUACUCUAAUUCACAACUCUGUGAAGGAUACAAUAGCAGAACCCUAUUUCCUGUCCAUUCUUCAACACUUACUCUGUAUCAGGGACGAUAUGUAUUCAAGGCCGCAGUAUUACAAAUUAAUUGAAGAAUGUGUUACCCAGAUAGUUUUACACAGAAAUGGUGCUGAUCCAGAUUUUCGACAUACAAAACGUUUCGAAAUAGAUGUGGAACCUCUUUUAAGUAAUUUAACAGAAAAGUCCAGAUAUGAAGAUUUUGAAGGCAGCAUUAGUGAGGUCAAUAAUAAACUGGAAACUGCCCUCACCGCAAAGCAGGAGUCGGAGGCCAAGGCAAUGACCUUGGAGGAGAAGGUCAAACAGUACGAACAAGAAAUCGCUGACAUGAAAGAAAAGAUCAGACAAGGCAUUGGGGACACGAUAAUGGCUGGUAAAGGACCAGGAGGGACAGGUGGAGCCCCGCCGCCUCCCCCACCCCCUGGUGGGGUACCUCCCCCUCCUCCACCACCCCCUCCUCCUGGUGGUGCCCCACCCCCACCACCUCCACCACCUGGUAUGGGACCUCCACCUCCUCCUCCACCCCCAGGGGCACCCAGAGCUCCUGGAGCGCCACCUCCCCCUGGGUUUGUCAGUCCACCUUCUUCUUCAAACAAGUUGCCAUACGGAAUGAAACAGAAGAAGAAAUAUGAGCUAGGCAUUCAAACAAAACGCAUCAACUGGAAUAAGGUGCAAGCAAAUAAAAUGGAUAAAGAGGCAUUCUGGGUCAAUGUUCAUGAAGACAAGUUUGAGGACCAAAAUCUGUUUGAAGGUUUACUGGAAAAUUUUGCUGUUGCAACUAAAGAGAAGAAAAAGGAUAUGAAUCAGCAAGAGGUAGAAAUUAAGAAGAAAGCCAAGGAACUGAAAGUACUGGAUCCCAAGUCUGCCCAGAACCUGUCAAUUCUCCUGGGUUCCAUCAAAGUGCCCUUUUCUGAAAUUAAGCGCCGCAUCCUGGAGGUAGAUGAGGAGAAUUUAAACACCGCCAUCAUAGAACAGCUGCUUCGGUACAUGCCAGAGCCGGAGCAGAUGAAGCAGAUAGCCAGCCUCAAGGACCAGUACCAGGACCUGGCCGAUCCAGAGCAGUUCGCUGUAGAGAUGUCUAGUAUUAAGCGGAUCCAUCCUCGACUUAAAUCCAUGCUUUUCAAGAUGUCAUUCCCAGAGAUGGUUCAAGACAUUAAACCUGAUUUGGUUGCUGCAAAGGAGGCUCUGGAAGAAAUUAAAACCAGUUCUAAAUUUGCCAAUGUAUUGGAACUGAUCUUACUCAUGGGUAAUAUUCUGAAUACAGGGUCCAGAAAUGCCCAGUCCAUCGGGUUUGACAUCAGUUUCCUUCCGAAGCUCCAGAACACUCGAGCUGCCGACGGGAAGACAACCCUGGUCCAUUAUCUGGCCCAGGUGGUGGAGGAGAAACAUCCGGACUUGUUGCAGUUUACUGAAGAGCUGUCUUACGUGGAGAGGGCAUCUCGAGUGUCAGAUGAAGUGCUGCAGAAGAAUCUAAAUACAAUGGAGAAGUCCCUAAAACAGUUAGAAAUUGACAUUAAAAAUCUGAACAAGUCCCAGAAUGAAGGAGAUAAGUUCUCUCAAGUGAUGAACGAGUUCAUUGCCUCGGCCAAAAGCCAGUACGAGGUCAUGAAGGGCAUGUACAAGAUGGUGGACAACUUGUACAAGGAAAUGGGCAAAUACUAUACCUUCGACAUCAAGAAGUACGCAAUGGAGGAAUUCUUCAGUGAUAUCAAAUCAUUUAAAGAGUUCUUUGUGCAAGCAUUAAAGGAUAAUGCAAAGAUUCGUGAAACCAAUGAGAAAAUUCGAAGAGCUAAAGAGGCCAAGGAAAGACAACAGAAAGAAAGGGCAGCUAAGCUUGCCAGAAAGAAAGCUUUGGUAGACAUGACAAUAGACGACAACCAGGAGGGUGUGAUGGAUAACCUACUAGAAGCUCUGAAGACGGGAUCCUGUUUCAACCGAGAAAAACGAGACGCUAAGCGUAAAACUCCGAGGGCAGCAGGAGCAAUUCAUAGAUUUACUACCUCAAGAGAGAUAGUCCACUUGUAUUCUGAUUACAGAGCUGAGAGAAGGGCACAGUUAUCUAGGUCAAGGUCACGACAGAAUCUACUCACCAUGGACAAUUCAACUCUGAUGGAGAUCAACUUCAAUGACUCUUCUGUGGACACGCCUCCCCGGCCCCCCAGGGGCAAGGACGAGCGGCGGGAUGUGCGCCGUGAACUUGACAUGAGGACAAACUUAGUGAAAAAAGACCUCAAUGACAAUGAGGAGAGGAAGCGACAUAGUCACCAGGUGGAUGAUCGGCGGAGGGUGAAUCGUCAGGGUAGCGAGGAGAAGAGGCGCAACAGUUGUACAGACAAUGGAAUGUCAGAGGCGGAAAAACUGCUGGCGAGGCUUAAAGAUCUGUAAAAUGUUUUUAUUUUCGUACAUGUACCUCAGUAGUGUGUCCUACAUUGCAGUUGCUAGCAUUUUAUUUCUAUCCGCUAAAAAAUAAUAUUGGUAUUAUUAUAUGGAAAUUUUGUAAAGAUUUGUAGUACUGGUUGAAAUGCAUACAAUGAAUAUGUACAUUUUUAGCAAGUUAUAAAAUUAGUUGUUGGAGAUUUGGUAACAUAUAAGGUAACUUGAAUCAAAAUGACAUUUUUUGGAUGAAAAAGAGAAUUGGUCCAUAGCAUUGAAACUUAAGGCCAGUUAAGACAUAGCCCAGGUAUUGUUUAGUAGUUUUAAUGUUCAUAUCUCCUUAGAAUGAAUACCAUUGUGCCUAGUCUUGUUUUGAACAGAUUUGAAGCCUUGUAUAAAACAAUUAAAAAUUGUCCCAAGUAUAUCACGGCAUUAUACUGUCUUAAAGUUUGUGUAAAACAACCUGUAAAAAAAUUUUUGUGGAUACAUAGUGCUUUAUUAAGAAUGAUAUUUUGGCAACAGUUUUGUGUACAUAAAUCUGUGAAUAUGUAUAUUGGCCUUGAAUAGUCUUAUUAUCUGUGAUAUUUAUAUAAACACUGGUCCUCUGUGUUUUCCGGAGAAAAAUCAAAGACUCAGGAAAAAAAGGGGGACCACUCAACAGAGCUAACUUUAUAGUCAGGACACCUUAUCAGUUGUCAUUAAACAAAGCAUACAUCAUGUCACUCAUAGAAAUUAGGUCAUCUCCAGCCUCCAUUUGAUAACGUUCAUUUAUUCUUCAUAAUUGCAUGUACAUGUAUAUUGUAUUGUUCCAUAAUUCGGAUAUGGAAAUGCUGAUAAAACAGUGUACCUUUGAUUUGUGCAAUGCUGCAAUUUUAACUGGUAGCUGUUAAUUAUAGCCAUAAAAAGAGACGUUAUUAACAGCAAUAUUUACAGCACUGAUAAGUAUUAUUUCAAACUACCAUGACAGAAUAACAAGAAUAUAAUUUUAUUGUUUACUUGAUUGAAAAAAAAGUGAAUACCCGGUAGCCAUAGUAUUUCAGAUCUAAAGUUUAUAAGUAUUUGUGUUGAAAAACAAAUGUUUUAUCUUUUUCACUUUCAAAGAAAACAAUGAAAGAUGAAUUAAUGAAGAAUUUUUUAGUGCAAUACUUCUGUAGUUCACCGACAUGUUAUAUAUUUUUUUUCUUAGUUAAUAAUUUGCCGUGAUGUGUUCAUUGUUACAAUGGUUUAGGAUUGUUGAGUUUGUCAGACACUUUGAAUAGAAGCAUUCCACUACUGCACAAUAUCAUGCCUGCAUGUGUGCAGAAACUAGUUUACAAGUACUAAAUGUAAGGACUAAGCUGUAAGAGUUGAAAAUGAUCUUCCUGUUUUUACAUGAUGUUCAUAGAUGCCAAAGGUUCUCAUGUUACAUGACUGUAAUUUGUGAAGUUUAAUUUUUUUCCGCAUCAAUAAAUUUAUGCAUAGUUCAUGCAAUUAAAGAGCAUGAAAUAUUCAUGUAGUAGUAGAAAAUGACUUCCCCUCUCUCUCUCUCUCUCUCUCUCUCUCUCUCUCUCUCUCUCUCUCUCUAAAAUCUCUUUUACAUUAUGUAUAUGUAAUAUGUGUAUGGUACGUAAUUCAUUAUCAUCAAUCUAGCAAUACUGAAAUUCUUAUUUUAAAUACAUGUGUUCUUUAGCUGUUUACUUAAACUAUGUUCCAAUUUAUUGCUCAUCACAUUUUUUUUCUCAUAGAAAUCAUUCAAUUACAAUUUUUUUCGUAGAAAUAAUUCAGAAGUCCUUGUCCUUUAUUUAUUAGACUAAGUGCAUCAUUUGUAUUUAUGUUACGUUUCUAAGCAGAAGAAAAUAUAAAAUAAAUAUAAAAAUGAUAAUAAUCUUUCAAGUGGAAAUUGUGUCGGGACUCUUUAUUUGAGCAAUUUUUUUUUUAUUUAAAAAUGAAUAUUCUGGUACUUAUAUACAUGAAAUUAUACUGAUGCAAUGGGUAAAUAAUUUCAGAUAGAUGCAAACCAAAAAAAAAUUUUCAAUAACAUAUCCCCCUUUUUCUCAUUCUUUACAGUGACUGUCUUUUAUUUUUGGUUAAGGUCAUAUUUUAUUUUGAUAAAGGAUGUAGAGUCAACAGAUAAAAAUGUGUACAUGUAGCUUUUAAUAUAUUGUAUCGUCCUGUGUAGGUUGUGCUUCAUCUGUCAUCAAAAAUACCUGCAGCUCUGUCAAAUGAAUUAUGUUAAUGCUUGAAUUAUUUGUACUGCUUGUAAAUUAUUGUACAAUGUACAAGGUAAUAUUACAGAAAUGAAAUACAAAUAAGAAUAUAA